AAUGCCUUAUCUAUUUUUUCACUGGAAAAAACGAUUGAAAAAAGAAAAAACUUUUGCCUUAUCUACAUUCCCAAGUGAAGCACUGGAGAGGAAGCGAGCUCACGGGGAAACAAGCCACGAAGACAGAGCUGAAGCCAAACAAGGAAAGAUGUUGAGCCUCUCAGUUGCUUCCCCAACAACCGUUACUUUCCCUCCAAAACCCAAAUCUUCAAUCCCCAAAACUUCCUUCAAUGGCGUCCGAAUACAGCACUUAUGUCCCCGACCAUUGCCUUCUCAAACGACCUCGUUUCGAAAACCAUCAGCGUCGUCGUCAGUGGUGAUGAUGGCAAAGAGAGAAGAAGAAAUGAAGGAAAUAAGGGCCAAAACGACUGAGGAAAUCAACGAGGAAGUGGUUGAGCUAAAAGGAGAGCUUUUCAUGCUUCGUCUUCAGAAAUCGGUUCGUAAUGAGUUCAAGUCUAGCGAGUUUCGGCGUAUGCGCAAAAGGAUUGCUCGCAUGCUUACUGUUAAACGGGAAAGAGAGAUUGAGGAGGGCAUCAACAAGCGAUUGUCAAGAAAGCUUGAUCGGCGAUGGAAGAAAAGCAUUGUUGUAAAACCACCCCCAUCUUUGAUAAAGUUGCGAGAGGAAGAGGCAGCUGAACAAGCUGAGAAAUCUGCUGCUUGAACCAUGCCAAAUACUUCACACUUUCAUGGCUUAAGAAGGGCUCUUUAAAUUGUUGCAAAUUCUAUUUUAGACCAUUUUGUGCAUAGUAUUUUGUUGUUGUUGAUAGGAUUCUCUUUAUUUUUGGUUUACCUGAGAUUGUUUAUUAAUUUGGCUCUUGGAAGAGCACUUCACAGAUUCAA